CCCCCAAAGCCCAUCCCCCCAACCCAACCUCCUCACUUUCCUCCUCAUCGCUCACUCAAUCAAUCUGACAACCAUCAACCCACAUACAACCAUUGCCAUACCAUACCUCGACCCGUCACCGCCACCACCACCACUACCGCGAUACAUACUACUAAAUUCCACACAACUACCACUAUAAUUUGCCGUCCAAUAAUCAACUGUCGCUCUCCAACCUUCUCGCGAUUCACUUCCGAAGCACCAACUCUAUCCGUCGCUUAUUCCGUGAUUUAAGAAGGUUUAGGGAAAGGAUAUCACUCGACCUCAACAUUCAUUAGUGACAAACAUGAACACGCCUCCGCGACGGACACGGACUGCCCGCCCGGUUACGCCGACGGCGCCGCGGCUCGCUUCGACCUUCGAGGAAUACUCGCCCCGCCGGUCGCUUCGUCUGAAGGAUCUCAAGGCGUCGCCGACGGUGACUAUUGGAACCCUUUCGCCGCCGCCGUCCUCGCCCCUCGCGGCAUCGCCCUCGCCAAAGCAGACAAAGAGAAGGACGACGACAAAGAGGGCGACAUUCGCGCUGGAUGAGAAGCCUGGCGCGGCAAAGGGGAAGGGCAAGGGGAAGGCGGUGUUUGUUUUGAACGACGAGGAGGAAGGAAAGGAGGAGGAGAGCAAGGACCGGGCAUACGCCAGACCGACACUGAGGAACGCUGGUGCUGCGGGUCUGCCGACUCCGAGGAAGACUCCAUCGAGGAAGAGGAAGCUUGCGCCGGAACAGGUCGCCAGUUCGGCGCAGGCUUUAUUCCCGCCCACAGAAGCGACUUCGUCCAAGAGUACGUCUGCAUCGAAGGGAGGAUUAUUCGGUGUCCGGAGGUCUCGCGCUACUUCCACAUCCAUUGCGCCGACGAACACUCCUCGUCACAAGUCGGCUGCGGGCACAAUCACGGUGGAAGAGGAGACGGAGACCAGCAUUGAAAUAUUCACCGACUCCGUCGAGCGGAGACCGACGUUCGAUGCCGACCCCGACAAUCCUUUCAUCAGUCGACCCGGAGAUGAGACGAGAUCGACAAAGAAGACCAGGCAGCAGAGAGCCGAUAGGUCUAGGAAUCGCUUGGGCAAUGCGGGCGAAAGGAGCGAUGGCAUGGUCUAUAUAUUCCGUGGAAAGAGGGUUUUCAAGAGCUUCAGCAAACUUCCGGAUACGGAUGAUCGUGCGGGCUCCGAAGAUGUGGACGAAGAAGGCGAAGGAUUGAACCCCACCGAGGUCAAGCCGAGGCUUCUCUUCCCGGGCGCUUCACCGGCCACAUCUAAAGCAAAGAAUGGACUCAAGGACAGCAUCAUCGCUGAGGAAGAGGAAGUCGACGAGGAGGCGGAAACCGACAUCGACGACAUGCCGCAAUCGCAAACAUCCAGCAUCAUCGUCAAGACCAGGAAAGCCGGUGGGCGUCUCUCAGUAUCCCGCAUGACUCCCGAAAGCGAGGACGAAAUACCGAGCACCACCACCAAGGUCUCGAGUUUCAAGGCCAGACUCGCCGCUGCCGCCGUCGCCGCUUCCUCCUCAUCUGCUUCUUCCUCCAAGAAGAGGCUAUCCAGCAGCAAGGCGCUAUUCGACGAUGGUGAAGACGACGCUUGGCACCAGACUUCCGCAUCGAAGGGUGGAUUCGUAAGUGACGAUGAAGUACCAGCUUCAUCUUCCAAGACUCGGGGCGUCAAGAGGGGCAUCGCUGAGACUGGCCUCACAACGCCAGCGAGCACUGUCCGGAAGCGAACCAGGCGCACCAUCUAUUAGGCUCCAAGUCCUAAUAUUUCAUUCCUUGCUUUUUUGCGAACUGCUCUUUUACCCUUUUUUCUUUCAUUGGCAAAAUGCUACCCGACUUACUUUUCUGUAACCAUUUUUUUUUCUU